AUGUCUGUUGAGCUGGAACCCCCGGAGCUGGGCUUCAAGCGCCCAUUCACGCAAGAAGUCUCGCAAGUCCUCCGUCUCCGCAAUCCCAGCAGUGACCCCGUUGCGUUCAAAGUCAAGACCACUGCCCCGAAGCAAUACUGCGUCCGCCCCAACUCCGGCCGUAUCGAAGGUAGCGGCUUCGUCGAAGUGCAGGUCCUUCUGCAGGCCAUGAAGGAAGACCCUCCGCCAGAUGCCAAAUGCCGCGACAAGUUCCUCGUCCAGUCCGUCGCCAUCUCGCCCUCCACCGACACUUCCGCCAACGUCAGCCAGAUCUGGUCCAACAUCGAGCAAACCGCGAAGUCGUCCAUCCAAGAGAAGAAGAUCCGGGUCACUUUCCUCGCAGCAGACGGCUCAGAGUCGGCGGCUACGAACGGAGUAUCUCACCACGAGGACGAGCCGCCUGCGUACUCCUCACCGAGCCCCGCCGCGGUGACACCGCAAAGGUCGGCUCAGGAUACGAAGGAAGGCGGGACCAUGAUGGGCAGCACAAUCAUGGGUGGUGCAUCAGGUGCGGCUGGCGGCGCUGGGUCGAGCUUUGCGAGCGCGGUACCCACAUCGCAAGACGAACUCAAGCAGCAGCUCUCGGAAGCACAGGCUCAGAUCGCGAAGUUAAGGGAGCAGGCGGCGGAAGGGUUGCGACAGCGGAAGCCCCAGGAGGCGGCAGAGAAGGCCAUGAGCUCCAUGCCACAGAGUGUGCAGAAUGCGUCAGCUCAGGCGCCUGGCGGUGUGAGCGUGCAGAUUGUGGCCGUGCUGUGCUUGCUUUGCUUCCUGAUCGCCUACUUCUUCUUCUGA